AUGCAGCGAUACUCUCUUCUGCUCCAACUACUACGAGACGAGGGAGGCUAUUCUCGUGCGGCUGGGGAAGCUGUUGGAGCAUACAUUACUUCUGAUUUCUGUUUAGUCUUAUUCUCUCUCUGCCUACUCUCUUCUUCUUUUCCGACCACGCUAAGAGAAAGGUUCUCUCUUGACUGCGCUCUGAUUUUUCAUUUUGAUAUUUUGUUUUUCAUCGAAAGUGUUACUUAUCCACGUUUACCUGGUUAUGGGCCCAGCCUUUCGCCUUAUAUUGAACAAAAAAUAGCGAAUUCCAGUUUCAGAGAAGUAAGCCACGUGGCCAAAUUUAAUGGAGAUGAACUUUUUCCUGCUGAAUACGCUAAUCCUGAAGGAGAGAUUGUAAAACGAACAACAAAUGGAGGAUUGGAUCAGGCGCGAUAUUCUGCCCCGAAACUACCUCGUUGCAACAAUCGAAACGCAGCAACAAUGAUCGCUAGUAAACUGCAAUUAUGCACACGAGAUGUGGGUCCGCCUGUCCGCACAGCAUCUCCAAAAUGCGGGCAAGAACCAGCACAUCCUGCAAACAGCGAUUUUUCUAGUAUCAGAUACAACCUGAUCAUGACAUUAUGUCCCACAUAACUGAAAUCGAAACGAUGGCCAUUCAACUCCAUAAUGUUGGUGCACCUGUUACUCCUCUCCAGAUCAUGACAAAACUCAUUUGUACUUUACCUUCGAGUAUAUCGCAGCUUCACCACAGCCUGGGACAGUGUACCAGCCAACGAGAAAAAUGCUUUGCUCACAUCUCGGUUAGUGAAAGAAGAAACCAUGGCAAAACGCUUCAACGUUGGGCAGCAAAACUCACUUGAUGCCGUUUUUUUUUUGCUACACAUCCUUCUCCAGCUUCCCCGGAAUUCCGCUAAUCCACACGUGGACGAGGAGGUUGCGAAACCAAUCAAGGUGGAUCAUCAAGACAUCAUCCAUAUCCAAAAUGCGGUUAUCGCGACAAGCCUUAUCACAAGCAAGAAGUGUGUCGUAGGCGACUUCAAGAUGAAGCAGCAUCCAGCUCAAUCAGUCAAGGACGUUGUUCUGUCUGUAAAUUUUGUUGAAUCCUGCGUCAGUAUUUUUGAUAUAGAUGUGGCCAUGUUCAUUGGAAAACACAUCGGCCGAACGUUCUAUCGACUAGCAAUCACAACCAACCAUCAAGAAGAUGUGGCCUUCCUGUCAUCAUCGACAUCAUCACAGGACAUAACUUCCUUGCUUGGCUAUACCGACGCGGACUACGCUGGAAAUUUUCAGACUCGUCAAUCCACAUCCGGUUUUAUUUUUCUUGUGAACGAAGGCACUAUAUCCUGGAGCAGCCGCCGUAAAUCGUGCGUCGCCCUUUCCACCGCAAAAGCGAAAUUUAUUGCUGCCUGUAAGGCAACAAAAGAAAGCAUCUGGAUUCGUCGUCUCCAUCUCGAACUUUUUACCAAAUGAAACAAUCUAAUACCGAUCAAAUGCGACAAUCAGUCGGCAAUCAAGCUAAUUAAAAAUCCUAGUAUUCACCAAACCCCGUUUUUCAAAUCUCCACAAUCUGAUUGGUAUUGUAAUCACAUUUUCUCAAUUAUCUUCCUUUCUAUCCAGGAAUCCAAGCAGAAAGAACAACCGUAAUUGCAAUUUUUUUUUCUCCUCGAUUCAGUCGACUCAAACCGUUCUUCUAUCUUGUUUGAGAGGGAGAACAAUUGGUAUUGCAAA